AUGAUGAAGACUUGUCCAUCCACAUAUCAAGUAUAUUUCAGAGAUCAUGAUAUUCCAAACACUUCUACAAUAGCAAUAUCCCGAGACAAUGUCUUUUACUUCAACGACCAUUUCAUUCACGUUUAUUCCCAGUCUACAAAUUCACAUUCGAAAGUUUUUCCCGUAAAGAAUUCCUCAUUCCUCACAGUCCUAAAGGAUGCUUUUCUGUGCAGUGUGUCAGGAAAUGUGCUGACACUUAUCAAUAUCAACACAGCACACAGCAUUCAUGCUCACUCAUCCAGUCAUAGUGAAGUUAUACUAAAAGAAAUACCAAUCCAAAUUCUAAAAUACAACGACACUCGCAACAACUACCUGGGUUUUCUAUACACAGAGUCAAUAGAGAUAUUUAAAGUAAGAGAAGAUGCUGGUAGAUCAAAAAAUAUGAACGGUUCAUCACCAGGCCUACUUAUUGAAAUCCAAUUGCCUUUUAAAGCCAAGAGUAUGGCUUGUACUGGUGAUGACACGUACAUCCUCACCAGCCAAAAUCAAAUUUUGAGAUGUAAAAAUGUCUUUAUAACCCAGUGCAUCACGCUAUUAUCUAAAAUCAAAUACAUACCCGAAGUAACGGACAAUGCCUGCAAAAUAUAUGCAUUUGAAAGGUUUAUUUUUAUCAAAACGGACAAAAGUAUUUUAAAGUAUGAAAUAGCAGAAGAUACACUCUUAAUUCAAUACACUCUUGCCAUACAAAAUAGCAGUGAUGAAGUUGUCCUAAACUUCUUCCUGUCAGACACUUUAAUUCAUCUGUCCAAGGCACCUUUUAUGAUAAUGAAAGAUAGAAUAUACGGCUUGGAUCAGGGCAUAUCAGAAUACAUAGCAGUCUCGUCGAAACGCAUCUAUUUUCUAAACACAGAAGUGAGUGCAGGACAAACCAACACGUACCAGCCAACAUAUGAAAUGAGUGAUUAUAAGAUAACAGUAAAUCCAACGACGGUCAAAAUACCCGAUUUUAUUAGGGACGAGCAGCAGAAAGACCAGUUUUUGAAAAAUUCGCUGCUUCUAAAAAAGUAUGAGUCAAUUUUGAACGUACUCCAAAAAAUUGACAUGGAUCUUGAUGUCAGGGAGCAUGAAAAUGAGAAAGAGUAUGAAUUGAUAAGUGAGAGACUGGAAUUAUUGAAUAGUAAAAGGGACGAGCUGGAAGAGAGAGCAAGAAAUAUCAGAAAAAGAGCGGAAAGGCUUGUGUUUAGAGGAGAUUUGACUGGAUUUUAUGAUAAAAUCAGAAUAUUAGAAAAUUUUUUGCAAAAAUUGUCCGUUAAGAAAUUUGACAGUUUCAAAAGUAGGCUAAAAGCACAGAACACCAUUCUUAAAAACAAAGCAGUAUAA